AUGAAAGCAAGCUUUGUGAAUUUUUGCCUGGAUCAGUGGCGUUCAUCAGAGUGGAGGCAUCGCGUGGUUACGAAUAAACUACGGUUCCACAGAGGGCGUUUAAAAGUUGGCAAAUUUUGCGACCUCACGUCGAUGCUUUGGGUCGGCGAGUCGCAUUUUGUUUUCGCGUCGAGCAGUGCGCUCUCCGAUAUCUUCUAUGACGACGUCAAUAAAAAGAUUGUAACAGUACACAAUAAGGACGGUGGCGAGGUGGAUGUGAGGUCAUAUGGUCUCGUACCUCACCAGAUCACCCCAUUUCGCUUGAAAGAUAAGGGCAGAAUGCGUAUUAUCAAGUUUUCUCCGGACGAACGCUUGCUCUGUGUUCAGUACGAUGAUUUUAGUGUGGAUUUUAUAAACGUUGCUUCACGAAACGACUGCCUGCUCAGCGCACACUUCUCGCAUUCACCAAGGAAUCGUUCCGCUCGCAUUAUCGGUAUCGAAUGGAUAUUGGCAAACCAAAUUUUGCUUAUAACCAAUCAGGCAGGUAUUUGCUUAUAG